AUGCAGGAGCUCGAUCUCCUCAUCCUUGGUGCAGGCUGGACAGCCACCUUCCUCAUUCCUCUCUUACAAGCCCGCCGCCUCUCCUUCGGGGCAACCACUAGGGACGGCCGCAAAGUAGCCGGCGCAUCUACUUUGGCUUGGUCCUUCGAUUCGGAGGAAGACUCGGCGAACGUUGAGCAAAACCAGUUCUCUCGCUUACCUUUAGCCAAGUAUGUACUUAUCACUUUCCCACUACAAGGACAUGGCCAGAGCUCGAAGAUUGUAAACGGCUACGAGAAGGUGCACGGCAAGAAGCUUGAUAGCAUUGGCUUCAUUCAGCUCGGAAGCACGGGUAUUUGGCAGAUCGCACAAAAGACGACGUGGGUCUCCCGGCGUAGUCCGUAUGACAAAGAAAAUGGCAGGGCUAUUGCUGAGGACGAGUUGCUAGGGCUGGGUGGCUGCGUCCUGAAUCUUGCUGGGCUUUGGGGCGGGCAGCGGCAACCGAAGAACUGGGUUGAGCGAGUAGCGAAGACCAAAGAAGACGUAAGGGCGAAGAAGAGUCUCCACAUGAUCCAUGGCCUGGAUGUUGCUCGUGCGAUAGUCGCCGUGGUUGGCAAUUGGGAAGCUGCGAAGGGGCAACGCUGGAUGCUCACGGACGGCUUCGUGUACGAUUGGUGGAGUUUGAUUGCAGGUUGGGCGGAUGUGAAGAAUGAAGGAUCGGAUGAAGCGGACAGGCAGCCGUUACCGCAGGCUCAAUGGGUCCAUGAAUUGAUUCGGGAGGAGAAGAUAUGGGCAUUGCCACGGUCGAUGGAGGCAUUGGGGAGGUGCUACUUCGGACGGGAGUUCUGGGAUGUCUUUGAGCUUACGCCGCUGAAGGCUCGUAUAUGA